UUUUUUUUUUUAGCGGUUCCUCCGAGAGCUGGCGCAUCAUCAUCUGCAAAACCGCAAAAAGGAAAAAGCCCAACGGCCAUGGCUUCCGCCCGGAGCUUCCACAAACCGGCCGUCGACGAUCGUCGUCUCCUCCGACCCAGAGCCGCCGCCGCCUCGGACCAGCCGCCGGACGCCGCGAGGCGGCUCGCUCCUCCGGGUCGCGCUUCGAGGAGGCUCGCGAUCCUGAUCUCCUCGCUGCCGCUGCCGCUCGCGCUCGCCUCGCUGCCUCGGCCGUCGGAGGCCAGGGAGAGGCGCAACCGGAAGGCCAUCCCGCUCGAGGAAUACACCACGAGCCCUGAUGGAGUGAAAUACUAUGAUAUCAUCGAGGGAAAUGGUCCAGUAGCUGAAAAAGGAUCAACAGUCCAGGUGCAUUUUGACUGUCUUUAUCGCGGUAUUACAGCUAUAUCAAGUCGAGAAUCUAAGCUUUUAGCUGGAAAUCGCAUUAUUGCUCAGCCAUAUGAAUUCAAGGUAGGAUCUCCUCCAGGAAAGGAACGCAAGCGUGAAUUUGUAGAUAAUCCAAAUGGAUUAUUUUCAGCACAGGCUUCUCCCAAGCCACCACCUGCUAUGUACUCGAUAACAGAAGGGAUGAAAGUGGGUGGAAAGAGAACGGUGAUCGUUCCUCCAGAGGCUGGCUAUGGUCAGAAGGGAAUGAACGAGAUACCGCCAGGGGCCACCUUUGAACUGAAUAUCGAGCUUCUGCAAGUAGAACCGCCUGAAGGAAAGCAGACUUAGCAUUGGGUGAGGAGGGCCUUGAGGCAAUGGAGUUGAUGUGAUGCCGAAAUUUUGUCUCCUUUUCUUCUAAUAGAAGGCAGAUAAGUCAGCUGAGGGAUCAUUAUGUGCGGAGUGAUAAGUCAGAUUGAAUGCGCGACUCGCUAGGUUUUCUGUAUAUCUUCUUCUUUUUCUUCUUCUUCUUCCACUACAAAGCAUGAUGAAGCAGAACACUGUAAUCUCAGGCCGAUAUUCUUGCUUCCUCAAUGCUGCAGAAUUCACUGAUAUUGUUGGUAUUGUAUAAAUGAGAAUGUUGACCA